AUGCACUCUGGUUAUGGCCUCCUUGUGCUCUCUGCCGUUUUCUUCGCAUUCGCAAGCUACGCGGUCCUUCUAAGCGCCUUCUUUCCCCUGACGGGCAUAUUUCUAUUGGACUUGCUUGCCAACGACCAUCACUACAAGUAUUUUGUGCUCCUGCUCGUCCCCACAACCGCAUAUUUUGUCAUCGCCAACUGGGUGGGCUGGCAGUUCUACCGGAAUUCGUGA